AUGGACUCUCACGGAGGACACUACCUCAACAAAGAAGCUGUGCUGUCACCUUUAGGUGCAGCCCGAAUAUGCCAGCUGCUGCUCGGCUGCACCAUAAUGUCUCUUGUGUCUCACGGCGCGGACUACAGCGCCACCUACGGAACCUUCUGCAUGUUCGUCUGGUGCUUCUGCUUUGCGGUCACGCUGGUUGUGUUCACCUUGGACAUCACGCGGCUCCACGCGUGCAUGCCCAUUUCCUGGGAUAACUUCACCGUGGCGUUCGCCAUGCUGGCAACGCUCAUGUACAUCACGGCCUCUGUGGUCUACCCGGUGUACUUCCUCCAAACUGAGUGCCCCGAUGAGGACUGCGAGGUCCAAAUCUACCGCAUUGCUGUCACCGUCUGCUCCAGCGUCUGCUGCUUCCCCUACGGUGCUGAGGUGUUCCUAACUCGAGCCAAGCCAGGGGCCGUGGUGGGUUACAUGGCCACUGUGUCCGGCCUACUCAAGGUGGUCCAGGGUUUUGUGGCCUGCAUUAUUUUCGGAGCCCUGGCCAAUGACAGCGAGUACACCCUCUACGUGGCCACCCAGUACUGCGUGGUGGUGUACAGCCUGUGCUUCUGUGUCACGGUCGUCGUGGUCGUGCUGACUGUUUCUGGCCGGACCUCUGCCCUGCGGGUCCCCUUUGAUCGGUGUGUGAUCGUCUACACCUUCUUCGCCGUGAUCCUCUACCUCAGCACGGCACUGGUCUGGCCCAUCUUCAGCUUUGACAAGAAGUACGGCACCACUACCCGUCCUGAGGACUGCCCCCGAGGAGAAUGCGCCUGGGACAGUAAGUUAGUGGUGGCGGUGUUCACCAACGUCAACAUGGUCCUAUAUUUCGUGGACCUCGUUUACUCCCAGAGGAUUCGCUUUGUCUCCAGCUCUGCUGUCUGA